UCCAUCUUGACUCACAGGCCAGAGAUUGCUCUUGGCUUGUCACGUCUGCAUGCUCUGGGCUGCAACCCUUUCUUUUUCCCGAAUAAAUCCUGUUUGGUGACGAGACACCUAGUCGAUACUAUUUUUCAGUCAACAGUGUAAAACUGUUCCACCCGGAGCUGACCAUCCGACACGGCCAUGGCCUCGUUUUUUGAAGAACCCGAGCCAGGAGACAUGAUUGAGAUUUUCCACAUUGGCUAUAAGGACUGGGCCAUCUAUGUGGGAGACGGUUAUGUGAUUCAUUUGGCUCCUCCAAAUCAAUUUCCCAGGAUUGGUUCCUCCAAUAUGUUCAUGUUUUUGAGUGGCAAAGCUGUGGUGACAAAGGAACCCCUGUGGAGGGCGGCUUGGGGUUGCCUCCGCCGGGUCAACAACCGCUUGGACCAUAAGUUCAGACCCCGACCUGUGAAUCAGAUCAUCAGUUCUGCAAAGGAGAUGGUUGGUGACACGAAGACAUAUGAAGUUAUUUUUGAUAACAGUGAGCGCUUUGCCACUAAUCUGCGAUAUGGCUGGCCUCGGUGCAAGAUGUCAGGCCAAGACCCCAUACCUGGAGACAUGAUUGAAAUUCGUCGUCCCGUCUAUAAGCACUGGGUCAUCUAUGUGGGAGAUGGUCUUGUGGUCCACGUGACCACUACAGGGUCUGGCUCUUCCGGCAACCAUCCUUGUAUAAUGGUCGAGGUGAAAUGUGAACGUUUGCAGGAUGUGGUGGGGAACGACGGUUACAGUGUCAACAACUACUUGGACAACAAGUAUAGACCACGGCCCACAAAUAAAAUUGUCAAUUUGGCAAAGAAGAAAAUUGGUGAAACCUGGCGGUACAACCUUUUAAUUUCAAACUGUGAGCACUUUGCUACUGAAAUGAGAUAUGGCCGCCCCAAGAGCAAACAGAGCAAAAAUGCAAUGGCUUUUAUGGGACUUUCCAUGGCUGUGCCCCUAGCCCUUGUUAUUUGAUGAGUAAUACCAAAAGUAACAACUGCUUGGAGAAGCCAUUAAAAAUUCUCAAGUUAGAGGCUGCCUCGCGGACCAGCUGUUCCUCUCUGUGCCUGAUUCUCUCUCUCACUGGCCUUUGGAAGGACCAAUUGUAGCAAGAUUGUGAACUUCUUGAAGAAUCAAAUGAAUGAAUCCAGUGACCCCUUCCUCCACUAUUUACACUACUUGAUUGUAGACUCGAGAAUCUUUGGAAAGGAAGCAACCAGAUAUGAUUGAAUAAUCUUGAAAAGGGCUACUAAAAUCUGAACAUCAGAUUCUUCAUCUAUAAUAUGGGGUCGAUAAUGAUGGUUCACUGUGUUUUGUUGAAAUUACAAGAGAUGAUGUAAGAUGCCUUAGCACAAUU